UCUCUCUCUCUCUCUCUUUCUCUUUCUUAAUUAAUUUUACUACAUAUUUUUUAAAAUUUUCUCGCUACAAACACGAGAAUAAAUUUUACAGGUACAAAAACAAAAUCAUUUUUAUUCGAGAUUUUCAAAAUAAAAACAAAAAAGCAAAAAAGCAAACUUAGAAAAAAAAGAAUGGAAACGACUCUUUCUUCCUUCAAUCUUCCUAAUUUUCUCAUCCUCUUCUCGCUCUUAUCGUCUUUCGUUUAUUUUAAUUAUUUUUAUUUUUCAACCAUCAACAAUCUCUCAUCAUUAUUGACAAGAUUACUUCUACUAUUGGACGGAUUGCUGUAUUUAUAUUUAUGCUUUCGGAUGCAACUAUUUCACAUUUUCCCCCAGAUCUCACCCCACAUCUCAAUCGUCGCAUUUCCAGAGAUGAAUCAGAGACAGAAAAAACGGGGUUUUUCUUUCUCAAUUCCUCCUCCUUUUUCCUCAGACGCCAUUGAUCUUUGAUUUCUUGUGAACUCUGUUUUCGGUCUCUCUAAUUUGACUGAGAAGCUGCUCCUCCGGUUGAUUCACAGAGGGGGAAGGGGGUCGGAUUUAAUUUUUAUUUCGAUUUUGAUAAUUUUAGGGUUUUUUUUUGGGGUGUUUUGAUCUCCUCCGGUAAUGGAGGCAGCUUCUGAAGGGGAGAAAAAGAAGCCGGCGCCGGAAGGAGGAGAACCUAGGUCUAAGAGACAAAUGAAAACUGCUCUUCAGCUUGAAAUUCUUGAGAAGACCUACGCAGCGGAAUCUUACCCCUCGGAGGCGACACGAGCAGAAUUAUCGACGCAAUUGGGACUAUCUGAUCGGCAGCUGCAGAUGUGGUUCUGCCACAGGCGUCUCAAGGAUCGGAAAACACCUCAGGCUAAGCGACAGCACAAGGAUUCCCCCUCGCUGGGUGGACUUACCGCUAAUGGCAAUGAAAUUGUAGCGGUUGAGGCGGCCAAUGAGCAUGUUCCAGGCUCAGGACUGAGGUCCAGUCCCUUCAGUCACGGAGGGGAGUCGAGGAGACUGGUUUUGAGGCCUGGAGUGGCCGUUCCGAGGAUUGCUGGUGUUGUGAAGAGGUACCAUGAGCCACCGCGGCUGCCGUCGCCACCACCACUACAGUUAGCAGCAGAGCUUCGGGCCGUUGCAUUCGUGGAGGCGCAGUUGGGGGAGCCGUUGAAGGAGGAUGGACCAAUUCUUGGGAUGGAGUUUGAUCCCUUGCCGCCUGGUGCAUUUGGGGCGCCCAUAGCUACAUCAUUGCACCAUACACAAUCUGGGCAGGCUUUCGGGGCCAAAAUAUAUGAUCAUCCUGAUACAAAGUUAAUCAAGGGUUCAGGCAGGAUACUUCGUGAAUACCAGUUUCUUCCGGAGCAGCCAAGUGUUAGAGCUGACCAGUACGAAAGAGUUUCUUCAUCCCACCAUUAUGGCUCACUGAUUGAGAAUUCAAAUGCCAGGUCUUCAGUGACAUCUGCUGGUCACUUAUUGCUGCAUGGGGAUGAAAAAAUACCCAGUGGAUAUGGUUUUCCAACUCAGGCUUCUAAUUUGAAUCUUCUUUCUCAACAAGGCAGGCAGGGCUACCUACUGUCUUCUGGAGAGUGUGACAAUGUUCCACAAAAGAAUUCCUUUACAAAUACCCCUAUGGAUGCAAAUUUUGGUACUCAUCCGAUUACUGCACUGGAGAAUCCGUUUGUAUCUUCAGACAGAAGGGUUAUUCAUGAUGAGGAUGUUUCUCGAAUGGAAAGGAAACGGAAGAGUGAAGAAGCAAGAUUAGCUCGAGAAAUUGAAGCCCAUGAGAAAAGGAUCAAGAAAGAGCUUCAAAAACAAGAUAUUUUGAGGCGAAAGAGAGAAGAGCAAAUUAGGAAAGAAAUGGAGAAGCAUGACCGUGAAAGACGGAAAGAAGAAGAAAAACUUUUACGUGAAAGACAGCGAGAGGAGGAGAGAUAUCUUCGAGAGCAGAAGCGUGAGAAGGAGAGAAAGGAGAAGGUCUUGCAGAAGGAAUCUAUUAGAGCUGAGAAAAUGAAACAAAAGGAAGAACUACGUAGAGCAAGGGAGGCAGCAAAGCUCAAAGCUGCAAAUGAGAGAGCUCUUGCUCGCCGAAUUGCUAAGGAAUCCAUGGAACUUAUUGACGAUGAGCGUUUGGAACUCAUGGAAUUAGCUGCAUCAAGCAAGGGGUUGCCUUCAAUUGUCUCUCUUGACUUUGAGACACUGCAAAAUCUUGAUGCACUUAGAGAUAAACUGGCAAUUUUUAACAUGGUUAUGGAUUUUUCUUUACGAGAUCUGAGUUUUAGCUUUGAUUUGACAUUAUAGGUUUGGAGGUUCUUAAUUGUCUUCGCAGAUGUUCUUGGACUUUGGCCUUUUACUUUGGAUGAGUUUGUCCAGGCUUUUCAUGACUAUGACCCGAGGUUGUUGGGUGAGGUACAUAUUGCUCUUUUGAGGUCUAUCAUUAAAGAUAUUGAAGAUGUUACAAGGACACCUUCCACUGGACUUGGGGGAAAUCAAAACGGUGCUGCUAAUCCCGGAGGUGGACACCCUCAGAUUGUUGAAGGGGCAUAUGCAUGGGGCUUUGAUAUAUGUAGCUGGCAAUGCCACUUAAAUGCCUUGACUUGGCCUGAAAUUUUGAGGCAGUUUUCUCUCUCAGCUGGAUUUGGACCUCAGCUGAAGAAAAGAACCAUUGAGCAGGUUUAUAUUCGUGAUGACAAUGAGGGUAAUGAUGCUGCAGAUGUAGUUUCUACUUUACGCAAUGGAGUGGCUGCUGAGAAAGCUGUUGCUAAAAUGCAUGAGAGGGGUUUUUCCAAUCCUCGCAGAUCUAGGCAUUGCUUGACUCCUGGAACUGUUAAGUUUGCAGCAUUUCACAUCCUUUCUCUUGAGGGAAACAAGGGCCUGACUAUUUUGGAAGUUGCAGAUAAAAUUCAGAAUUCUGGACUGAGGGAUCUUACUACAAGCAAGACACCGGAAGCUUCUAUUGCUGCAGCAUUGUCAAGGGACACCAAACUUUUUGAGAGAACAGCUCCUUCAACUUAUUGUGUGCGUACUCCCUACAGAAAAGACCCAGCUGAUGCUGAGGCAAUACUCUCUGCAGCUAGAGAGAGAAUCCGGAUAUUUAAAAAUGAAGUUACAGAAGAAGAAGAUGGUGAUGUUGAUGAUGCUGAAAGAGAUGAAGAUUCUGACAGUGAUGUAGCAGAUGAUCCAGAAGUUGAUGAUACAGGCACUGAUUUAGAUCCUAAGAAAGAGGCUUACCAAGAAGUAGAAAAUGACAAUGCAAAAACUCCCCUAGGACAUGUAAGGGGGAGCAUUGCGGUCAUAGAAGCGCCACGUGAGGAAGAUGCUGAUAUUGAUGAAAGCAAUCCUGGUGAACCAUGGGUGCAAGGACUUAUGGAAGGGGAGUACUCAGAUCUAUGUGUUGAGGAGCGUCUAAAUGCACUUGUUGCUUUAAUUGGUGUGGCUAUUGAAGGAAACUCAAUUCGACUUACUCUUGAGGAAAGGUUAGAAGCAGCAAAUGCUUUAAAAAAGCAAAUGUGGGCAGAAGUGCAACUUGACAAACGUCGUCAGAAAGAAGAUUAUGUCAUGAAGACACAUUAUUCAGCAUAUGUUGGGAAUAAAUCAGAAAAUCUACUCACAAUUUCCUUGGGUGAGGCUAGACAAAGCCCUGCAGCUACUGCUGAUAAAAUUAAUGAGUUAGCAUUGGUUCCUGUUGUUCAGCAUGAACGACUAUAUGAUCCACAGAAUGACCAAAACUAUGGUAAUAAUAUGCCUUCUGAGGGUAACUUGCAAAUGCAGGAUACUGCUGUUGGCCUUGAUAAUUCUGCAACUCAGCAACCAGGAUAUGCUGCUGAAAAAUCAAGAUCACAGUUAAAAUCAUACAUUGGUUACAGGGCAGAGGAGAUGUAUGUAUACAGAUCAUUGCCUUUAGGUCAGGAUCGUAGACGCAACAGAUAUUGGCAGUUUACUACAUCUGCCUCUCAGCAUGAUCCUGGCUGUGGUAGGAUCUUUGUGGAAUUACAUGAUGAUCACUGGAGAGUUAUUGAUUCUGAACAGGAUUUUGAUGCUCUAUUGGCAUCUCUAGAUGUGCGUGGGGUUAGAGAGUCCCAUUUGCUCUCAGUGUUGCAGAAAAUUGAAUCAUCCUUCAAGGAGGCUGUUAGGAGGAAUGUGGUGCUUCCAACCACACAAAGGCAAAGCGAAGCUACUGUUAAAACCGAACCUAACGAAAUGUCUUCUGGCUCUACUUGCCAUUUAAGUAGUGAUAGCCCUUGCAGUACUUUGUGUGGUUCAGAUUCCGAUUUGACUGAGACCUCAACAACUUUCAAAAUUGGGCUUGGGAGGAAUGAAACUGAGAGAAAUGAUGCCUUGAAGAGGUAUCAAGAUUUUGAGCAAUGGAUAUGGAGAGAAUGCUUUUAUUCAUCAAAGUUAUGCGCCGCUAAGUAUGGGAAGAAAAGGAGCAAGCAACUUCUUGAUUUAUGUGAUUACUGCCAUGACAUUUAUUAUUUUGAGGAUACCCAAUGUCCCUCUUGUCACAGGGCUUGUGGUACAUUGAAGAGCGAGUUCAAGUUUUCUGAGCAUGUGGGUGAUGAGAGAUGGAAACUAAGUGUUGACUCUGUUAUGCAAGGAUCCAUUUCAUCUCCUUUGAGAAUUAGAUUACUCAAAGCACAUUUAGCAUUGGUUGAGGUUUCUGUUCCAUCAGAGGCUCUUCAAGAUAUUUGGACGGAAAGCUAUCGGAAGUGUUGGGGUCUGAAGCUUCUUUCCUCAACAUCAGCUGAGGAACUUCUUCAUAUUCUGGCACUUCUAGAGGUUGCCAUAAAAAGGGACAAUCUGUCUUCUAAUUUUGAAACAACUCGCGAUCUGUUGUGCUCGUCUAAGUGGUCUGCAAUUGCUGCUAGUGAUCAUACUUUUUCUGAAUCAGUUCCUGUGCUUCCAUGGGUACCAAAAACGAUGGCAGCUGUGGCAUUAAGGCUUAUGGACUUUGACUGUUCCAUAUCGUUCAUUUUAAAUCAAAAAACAGAAUCUCCAAAGGAGAAGGGAGCUCGGAACUUCAUUAAGCUUCCAUCAAAGUAUACUGUUGUGAAGAACACCCAAGAUAAAGAAACAUCAAGAACUCCACAUACUGACUACCUUCAAGAUGCAAACUGGGUUGAGAGAGGGAUUGGGAUUUCAAAAUCUGGCCGCAGAAAGGGAGGUCGCAGACGAGGCUGUGGACAUGCUAGUAAUGGUGGGAGAUCUCAAGGAAAGGUUAAACCUGGCAAGAGAACUACAAACACAGACCGGGGGGCAUUAGUACUAGGAUGGAAAGGGAGGCAACCUGGAAAAGGGACACGAAAGCGUAGUCGUCGUACUACUAGGAGCAAGCAGAAGCCAGCGAAGAAGUUGGUCAUUAUUAGUAAAAGUGACAACACCAUGGAAAAUAUGCAUGGGAAAUCAUCGGGAGAAAUUGCAAGUGAUGAUUGGAACACAAAUGAGACAACCAGAUUGCAUGUAGAGGGCACUGAAAAUGCUAGCAGUUCAGGAAGAUCUGACUAUAACAAUGAAAAUGAUCAAGCAACAGGAGAUGAAUAUGAUGACUUGAUGGAAGAUGAUUACACUGCUCGUUUUAACAGCAGGUCUGAAGACUUAAUGCAAGGGAGAGAUUAUAUUGUGGAUGGCAAUGGUUAUGAUGAAGAUGAAGAUGAAGAUGAAGAUGGUGGUGGCGAUGAGCGAGAUGAUGGUGAAAAUGAUGAACAGGAGGGAGACUUGGAUGUUGAAGAAUACAUAAACGAGGACUCAGAUGAGGAGGUGCUUGGAAAUGGAGAUGAGCAGAAUGGAGAUGCAAACUCAUUUCACUACGAAAGUAUGAGACUAACUUCAACAUCAUCAGAAUAUAGUGAUUAAACUAACCAACAAAGCUACUCGGGAGAGUUACAGUGGUGUACAUGUUGAGCUGACUCAUUUUUGUUCUUUGUUGUAGUCUGUCCCUGCAAUCUUAGUCAACUGUAUUUAUAGAGGGACCGGUAAUUGUCAGUAAACAAUUUACAAUUGAUGUACUCCCGUCCUUUCCCAA